AUGGUUGUUCCAGCUUGUUUCUCUGUCGUAUUCAAGCACUCUGUGCUUGUCUUUCUCCUUUGCAAUUUACUAAAACCUACAAAGUUGUAAGUCUAAUCUCUAAGCUGGCACAUGCUGAAGGGAUGAGACACUGCAGAUAUCUGAGAGCAGAUAAUCCUGUUUGUCUCCAGAACUCCCCCAGGCUGCAGGAAGAACUGGCAGGCUGCAAGAGGCCUGGACAUUUGUCCAUCAGUGUAAGGACAAGCAAUCUUUAUGUUGUUGUCAUUCAGCCCAAUGUCUGGGAUUUGGUUUAAUUUCAUCAUUAAAUAUAAGUGGUGCUUUUCCAAGAAAGAUCAUUGUAAAAUUUGAUUCAGGAACAGCCUUUUUAUUUCUUGAUGUGGAGGCAAGUUGUGCUCUACUUCAGGACUCACAGCUACCAUGCAGACAAUUGUCAGACAAAGGACAACCUCCAAAAAGAAGAUGAAGCAGAUAUUAAAGCUGCACAAUGGAUUUUCAAGCAACCCAUGGGAUCGGAGAGGACGGAGAUCCGCAAACGGCAGAUGGCGGCGACCCCGGAGAGCCCCGGCGCUGCACAGGCCCAGCUCAGCACAGGGAACCGAGGCUCCAAUGCCUGCUGCUUUUGCUGGUGCUGCUGCUGCAGCUGCUCAUGUCUUACUGUUAGAAAUCAAGAAGAAGAGAGAGCAAGGAGAACAUCUCAUGAACUCCAAGCAGAGGGUAUUCCAAACUGUGAGGAAAGCCCUGCUCCCACUCUUGAAGAAGUAAAUGCCUGGGCUCAAUCAUUUGACAAGUUGAUGCUCACUCCAGCUGGCAGAAAUGCUUUUCGUGAAUUUCUGCGAACAGAAUUCAGCGAGGAAAACAUGCUUUUCUGGAUGGCCUGUGAGGAACUAAAACAAGAAUCCAACAAAAGUGUCAUUGAAGAAAAAGCAAGACUAAUUUAUGAAGAUUAUAUUUCUAUCCUCUCUCCAAAGGAGGUCAGUCUGGACUCCAGAGUAAGAGAAGUUAUUAACCGAAAUAUGCUGGAACCCUCACAACACACCUUUGAUGAUGCACAGCUUCAAAUUUAUACCUUAAUGCACAGAGACUCUUACCCACGGUUUAUGAACUCUGCUAUUUAUAAGGACUUGCUUCAGUCCUUGUCUGAAAAAUCCAUUGAGGCAUAGUUUUUUUCUUAAAUGUAUUUAUUUUAAAACAGGCAGGACUCUGGGCUACAGAAAUCCACAGGGAAUUUAGAAUUAAUCAGAUAUUUACCUGAAAAUAACUCAGGCAAGUUUUACUACAGACUGAAGAAUUUAAAUCCGCACAAAGCUCUGACACAAUCAACUAAGUGCAGUUUCUGAUUAAAUUCAGAAUUACUUUGCAAAAGGAAAUGAAGAGAAUGAAGAAGAAACCUUGUUCAAAAAAUGCAGUAUUUUUUCAAACACAGCAGACAAUUCAGACACAAAUUUAUAUCUUAUGUCUGAGGUACAAAUACCAACUGAGCAUGAAACUACAACUGAUUUUUAAGUGGGGUGUUAGAAUUUUCUUGAAAAUGAAACCAGUUGCCCCAUCCACACUGUGACCAAAGUAAAAAUAUUACUGUCAAUACUGUGUUACUCUAGGCACUGCCAUCACACCUGGCAUAGGUACACUCCACUUGUUUUGGUAUCUUUAAUGCAUACAUGGUGCACUAAUGGAAAUGGGCAUGGCCAUCUCAAGUUUAUGAAAGUUACUGGUUGAAAUAAUGCUGCUUAUAAAAAAAAAUCUUUUGCUGAAGAAUUGUUAUUUUAGUACUAGAAUCUGCUGAAAGCAUUAAGUUCCCUUUGUUGAUGUUCAUAAAAUUAAAUUAUUUAUUUCAGAGGAAGACAAGUCUGGGCAUUCAGAUUCCAAAAUAAAGCACAAGAAUUCUCACA